UCCGAAAGCGAAUGUACGGUCUAUUCGUUUUAAUGUCCGUAGGGGCUGCAACAAGGUGACUGACAAAUGCGUGAAUCCCGCAUUCCUGAUGCAUCACCUGUCUUUGAAUGGGCAUGUAUGCACGCUUCUAUGGACAAUAGGAGAAAGAAAAGAAAAAAAGAGCCAGCAGAACGCUCAGGAGAAGAUGUGGACAUAAUUCUGGCUCAGCUGAAGGGUGUAAAGGCCUUUGAGAAGUUCCACCCCAACCUUCUGCAGCAGAUCUGCUUGUGUGGCUUCUAUGAGUACCUGGAGAAAGGCAUCACCUUGUAUCGGCAGGGUGACAUCGGUACCAGCUGGUACGCUGUUCUGUCUGGAUCACUCGAUGUGAAAGUGUCUGAGACAGCCAACCAUCAGGAUGCUGUAACGAUCUGUACUUUGGGAGUUGGGACGGCGUUUGGGGAGUCGAUCCUGGAUAACACACCCCGGCAUGCCACGAUCGUCAGCCGAGAGAACAGUGAACUUUUGCGCAUCGAACAGAGGGAGUUCAAAACCCUGUGGGAGAAAUACAGGCAGUGCAUGGCAGGCCUUCUCGCCCCGCCAUACGGAGUGAUGGACAGUGGAGCUACUAAUGACAGAAUGCCGGACAAAGAUAACCUCAGCAACGACCCCCUCAAUUUUAUGUCAAAAAACCUGAACAAGGUCCCAUCAGAAAAGAUUUUAAGGGCAGAAAAAGUCUUGCGUAACGCUAUACUGGCCAGAGCGCCCCACAUGAUCAGAGAUAGAAAGUAUCAUCUGAAAACCUACAGGCAGUGUUGUGUCGGCACAGAGCUGGUCGACUGGCUGCUUCAGCAGAGUUCAUGUGUUCACAGUCGAGGUCAUGCUGUGGGAAUGUGGCAGGUGCUCUUGGAGGAAGGAGUCUUAAACCACGUCGACCAUGAGCUAAACUUUCAGGAUAAGUACCUCUUUUACCGUUUCCUUGAUGAUGAGGAGGAGGAUGCGGUGUUGCCUAGCGAUGAUGAGAAACGAGAGGCAGAGGAAGAACUGCAGGAGACCCUGCUCUUCCUCUCUCAGAUUGGCCCUGACGCACACAUUCGAAUGAUCCUCAGGAAACCGCCAGGUCAAAGAACGGCUGAAGAUCUGGAGAUCAUUUAUGAUGAGCUGCUGCAUAUCAAAGCUCUCUCUCAUCUCUCGAACACUGUGAAGAGGGAGCUUGCUGGUGUCCUUGUCUUUGAGUCACAUGCCAAGGCAGGCACUGUCUUGUUUAAUCAAGGAGAGGAAGGCACCUCUUGGUACAUUAUCCAGAAGGGAUCUGUUAAUGUUGUUAUCUAUGGCAAGGGUGUGGUGUGCACGCUGCAUGAAGGAGAUGAUUUUGGCAAACUGGCCCUGGUGAACGACGCCCCCCGCGCUGCCUCUAUCGUCCUGAGAGAGGACAACUGCCACUUCCUGAGAGUGGACAAAGAGGAUUUCAACCGUAUACUCAGGGAUGUUGAAGCAAACACGGUACGUCUAAAGGAGCAUGAGCAGGAUGUUCUGGUGCUUCAGAAGAGUCUUCGGCCCUCCAGCCAUGGAAACAUCCCAGCCCACUUCAAGUACACUGUGAUGUCAGGAACCCCAGAGAAGAUUCUGGAGCAUCUGCUGGAGACAGUGCGGCUGGACAUUCAUUUCUCUGAUCCAGAUCCAGCUCUGGAUGACUUUGUGCUUAUGCACUCUGUGUUCAUGCCCAACAGCCAGCUGUGCCCUGCCCUCCUGGCCCACUACCACUCUCAGGCAUCUCAGGGCUCUGAACAGGAGCGUCUAGACUACACUGUUGCCAGCAAGAGACGGGUGCUCAGUCUGGCUCUGCGCUGGGCCGCCCUGCAGGCCCACCAUCUGCUGGAGGAUGACACGGCACUCAGCUUUCUGGAGGAGCUGCACGGGUUUGUGUCUAAUGACGCAAGGGUUUUGCGUUCACUGAAGGAUCUACUGCCAGAACUGGAGAGAAUCGUCAAGCAGUAUCCAGAUGAUGCACGGACCUCGCAAAAAAAGCAUAAAGUUCUCCUGCGACAGUUCAGCUCUGGAGAGGAGAGGCUUGCGAAAAAGCAGCCAAUAAGAAGCUUUGAUGACAUACUCUUGAAGGUGUAUUGCAGUGAUCACACCUACACUACUAUCCGUGUUGCUGUUCUGGCCACGGGGAGAGAGGUGACCGCAGCUGUAGCAGAUAAACUUGGAUCCACUGAAGAGCUGCUUCUGAUAAACCUCAGCGCAUCUGGAAAAAAGCAGAUUCUAAAGCCCAAUGAUGUAUCAGUGUUCCAGUCCCUGGGAGUGAACGGACGAUUGUUUGUCUGUUCCAGAGAACAGCUUGACUCACUGAAUCCUCUUCCCGAGCAGGAAGGUCCCACUACAGGGUCAAUGUCCAGUUUCGAGCUGAUGAGCUCUAAGGAUCUGGCCUUCCAGAUGACCCAGUACGACUGGGAGCUAUUCAGCUGUGUGCAUGAGUAUGAGCUGGUGUAUAAUACUUUUGGGCGCCAGGCGUACAGACGCUCCACAGCAAAUCUAGAGUUGUUCCUGAGACGCUUUAAUCAGGUUCAGCUGUGGGUGGUCACUGAGGUCUGUCUGUGUGGAACGCUCAGCAAACGAGUCCAGCUGCUCAAGAAGUUCAUCAAGAUUGCCGCCCAUUGUAGGGAGUUUAAGAAUCUGAACUCUUUCUUCGCCAUUAUCAUGGGCAUGUGCAACCCAGCCGUGAGCAGACUCAGCCAAACAUGGGAGAAACUGCCAAGUAAAUUUAAGAAGUUCUACGCAGAGUUUGAGAGUUUACUAGAUCCAUCCAGGAAUCACCGUUCUUACCGCCUCACUGUGGCUAAGAUGGAGCCGCCAAUCAUUCCCUUUAUGCCCCUCCUCAUUAAAGACAUGACAUUCACUCAUGAGGGGAACAAGACCUUCAUUGAUGGACUGGUGAACUUUGAGAAGAUGCGACUGAUUGCUAACACAGUCCGGGCAGUGAGGCACUGCAGGAGUCAGCCCUUCAGUGCUGAGGCGUCUCCAGCCAGUAAGAAUCCACAUGAAGUGAGGAAUUACGUGCGUCAGUUGUGUGUGAUUGACAAUCAGAGAACCUUAUCACAGCUGUCCUUCAGACUGGAGCCGAAGCGGAGCUAAACACCAAUGCUCAAUCUUUCUCUCUCUUUUUCUCCCUCUCUUCAAAAUACACACUCAGUAAAACUCAAUUUGCCUGAGCAGUUGAAUGCUGACUGAAUGUGCUAUCACUGCCAACUGAACUAGGUGUACAAGAUGCAUUCUCGUGUGUGUGUGUGUGUGUGUGUGUGUGUGUGUGUGUGUGUGUGUGUGUGUGUACAUGUUUAUACUACAUUUUGGGUACCAAAUGUCCCCACAAGAAUAGUAAAACCUGAGAUUACCUACAUUGAGGGAAAUGUAAAACUGCAAAAAGGUUUCUAUGAGGGUUAGGUUUAGGGGUAGGGUUAAGGUUAGGGGAUAGAAAUUAUCGUUAGAUCUGUAUAAAAUCCAAAAAUGCAUGGAAGUCUAUGGAGAGUCCCCACAAUGAUAUAAAAACAGUGUGUGUGUGUGUGCGUGUGCGUGUGCACGUGCGCAUGCGUGUGUGUGUGUGAACUACAUGUUAAUGACUUCUGCUAGUCAUAAGAUUUGAAGUGUUACUGACCCUUCACUGAGUUUUACAGAAUUUUUGGACCAUAUGUUUAAAACCAUCCAAACACACAGAACUUCCAUAGAGGAUUAGUGAAGGGUCAGUUGGAUUUGAUAUGUGUUUGAGUGUGUGUAUGAAAGCAGAAUGUAAAGGUGUGCGUCCUUCUAUUCAGUCUGUGCUAAGAUAAUGUGAGGCCCUUCGUCAUGUUCAUUCUCUUAUAGUACAAUGUUCUAGAACACUGUAAACCUGCUGCCUGUGCUCAAGUCUGCAUUUCUAUGAUCCUCAAAACAUUCUGAACAAUCUAAAAUAAGAGUUUAGUACAAGUCACAUAUUAUAGAUGCAGUACAAUACAAUACAUAUGAUAACAGUGAAACUAUGAACUUGUUACUGACCACAAAAAGUGAAUUAUUGAUGCUCCGUUAAACCCGCAGGCCUCAAUGUCUUGUGGUAUGUUAAGUCAGUUAUAAAUGUGAUUAUUCUGGCUCAAGGACUAUUUUUUACCACUCGUUACAUUGCCUGCUAGUAACUUACCUCUCGCCAUAGCCUGUAGCCUUAUUGAUGUCAUUUUGUAUAUUAAGUUAUAUUUGUAUAUUUUUGGGUUGGACCCAUUUUGCUAAGUUAUCAUAAUCGGUCUGAGAAGGCCUUUAUUUGUUCUCAUCCUGCCUUUUAAAAAGUCAGACACUGUGUGUGUAGGGCAAAUGUUUUCUUUUAGGAAAAUGUCUACGCCUACCUUGUAAAUAGUAUUAUCUAAAUAAAUGUGCCAUUGAACACUU